GGAGCCGGGGCGGCGGUCCGUUUCCCCCCACGCACAGGCACCCCACGAGGAGCGUCGGCUGUGGGGACGGUGGGCCUGCCGCCGGGCAGCCACGGGUCACCGACCCCAUGAGCCUCCUCGGGCUCCGCUGGCAGCCAGACCUGCCCUGCCGGGUGCCCGCCUCGGCCCCGGGGAGAGCGGCGUGGCCCGGCGCUGCCCUCCCCGCCCGGCGGAGCCGCCCCCCGCCCCGCCGCGGGAGGAGGAUGGGGCGCCGGCGGCCCCGCGCGGAGGCGGCUGCCCCAUGGCGGAGGAUGUUGACCUGAAAGCAUGUCAGGAAGCUUUGGAUGACUGCUCUCCACACCAAGGAGGUGAUCAGCUGGAACUGCAAGAGGAGGAGGAAGACGUAAAUCAAAGCAACCACAACCAUGUAGAUUCCCUUCUCUCCUUAGAGGGCUAUUUACAGCUUUUGUCAUCGCAGAUGGAAAACAUGCUAGAGGUGAGUUUACUGGAAGAUAUACAAGUUGCUACUUCUAGUAGAGGCCAAGACUCAUCAUCCUCACACCAUAACGUAAGUUUGACCCAGACACUUUCCCACUGUUUCAGCCCUUGUGAUGCCACACUACUAAGAACAGACUACCCCACUCAAGCAAAUUCAGAAAUGAGACAUUUACAAAGGCAAGAGUCUUUUCCUCAGUCAAGCUCUAAUAUCGCAAAUCCAGAAUCACUGCUUCCUGGGUCAAAUUUGACAGGGCUGUUUUCAGCUGCUGACAUUAGAAACCUAACAGCCCAUGAUGAUAAUUUUGAUGAAAUUAAACUCAUGUCUUUUGCUUCGGAGGAAGGCUUUGAUCCUAUAGAAGUUUCUGAGCUCUUUGAAGAACCUGGCUCAGAUUUGGGUCUGUUUUUGAAUUCAAGUCACAGCACCACCUCUUAUUCAGUCUGCAGUGAAGGUGCUGUUGGGUACAGCAAUGAUGUUAAAUCUUUUUCUUCUCAUGGCUUACGAGCUGUUGGUGGCCAUAGCCAAGAACACAGUAAAUAUGGCCAUGUAGAAUAUCCAGGUGAUUCACAGUGUUCUAGAGAAGCCACACUUCAGCAGUUUCUUCAUAACCACGCUUAUAAUCAGCUGCCAAGUCAAGCAGCAUCCACUCCAGAGCAUCAGCAGCAGAUGUGGAUGGAGAAACCCAAUGAAGUAAAGGAUAGGUGCCAUAAUUCUACUGAUACAAACAUUAGCACUGAUGAACACUGUGCAAAAGCUCUGAGAAUACCAUUUUCGGUAGAUGAAAUUGUGAGCAUGCCUGUCGACUCUUUCAACACUAUGCUAGCAAAGAACCAUCUGACGGAUACUCAGGUAUCACGUCUACGUGUCAUCAGACGAAGAGGAAAAAACAAAGUUGCUGCCCAAAAUUGUCGUAAACGUAAAUUAAAUGCACUUCUUAACUUGGAAGAAGACAUAUGUAAUCUUCAAACGCAAAAGGAGAGCCUUAAAAAGGAGCACUCUCAGUGUAGCAGAUCAAUCAGCAGGAUGAAGCAAAAGUUAAACAACUUGUACUGUGACAUCUUCAGUAGAUUGAGGGAUGACCAGGGUAGACCUGUUAACCCAUGCCAAUACGUCAUUCAUUGCAGUAGCGAUGGCAGUGUUUUCAUAAUUCCCAAACACUUGGUCAAAUCAGAACAGAAACAAGAUAGCGAAAAAGAGCAGAAACAGAAAUAAGAUGGCCGAAGAUCACUUCAGUUUUAUUUUUCCUGAAAGAAUGAAGUAUUCCUUAGGAUAUUUGCAUGAAGACCGGAGGUCAGUGAUUACAGCAGUACAAACAGAAAAGACUACAUGUGAGGAGGAAGACUGCAUGUUCAAGGGUCUGGCAAACCCAGCUGACUGUGACCUGUUAGAAGGUCUACCAGCUGAGGCUUCCGAAUGAGGAAAUCUAUUUAGUUUUAAUUAGAAUAAAGGAGCUAGGCCAUCAGUGUAAGUGUAGUUAUAUAUGCCUGUGUAAAACUAGGAAUUUAGUUUCUGGUAAUGGGGAAGGGAGGAGAACAUCAGCAGGGAAAAAAGCAAGCUUCAGCUUAAAGUUACACAUGGAAGAAAAAUGUGGUUUAGUCUUGAAUACUUGCUUCUUCAUACAGAAAGUGACCUUAUUUUAUUAUUCUUUUUUUAGCACUGAAAGAAAAAUUGUAGCUCAAGUUCAUCCUGACCUUAAAUUCACUGUGGAUUUAGGUAUUGCUAAGAGAUACUCUGUGCUUUGCAUUUGUUCAGAACUGUUCUGCUUUUCCUACUUGUCCUUUGAGGAGAGGGGCUCAGGAGGCCGUUGCAUUUUUCCUCACUACUGUCACCAUCAUAGCUCCAAGCAAACAUAAUGUACCAAGUAAUUUUACAACUCACGGUCAAUCUGCAAAUAGACUCUGAAAAAUAAUUAGUAUCUGAUUCAAUAUUGCCUUACCUUCAUCCUCUGCAACCGAAUCAUUCUCAGCUUUCUUCCAUGAAACUGAGUGAGGGUGAACAAGUUCCUGUUCUCUUUCCUAGUCUGUGAUAUGUUUACUUCUGUACCUUGCCUUUCCCCCUCAUUUGGAUACCUUCCUCAAGGAGAAGUACUAAAGCGUGGGUUUUUUAGCUUUUAAAAACUGGUAUUUUUUAAGUAUCUUCAAUGUUAUGGAUUUAAAGUUGGUUUGGGGGUUUUUUGGUUGGUUUUGGUUUUUUUUUUAGAUUUUCCCAAACUCCUUAAAGUAAAUUAAAUUGAAGCAAAUUACUAUUUAUCUGUACUUGUAAUAACGAGGUUACACUCCCAUAGUGGCUUUGAAUGAAGAGCUUUUGGUUUUGAUAUUUAUUUAUUUGUGCUAUGAGAAAGACAACAUUUAUUCACAACAGCUUAUCCUUUUCUAUUUUACAAUCUGAAAAGGGUCUGCAAUAAAGAUGGCCUAAAAAGGCAGGUAAUGAAUGAUAAAGAAGGAAUGUUAAGAGGCAUACUAGUUUGUAAAUGUUAAAAUAAUUACUAAUAUUAACAACAAGAUAUAAAAAGUAUUUGUUGCUGUCUUUUAUAAACAAACCUCAUAAACCUUAUAUUAAAAAAAAAAAAGAGCUUGCUGGUCACAGUAUGACAACAGUGUAGCAACUUUAUGGUUAGGUAUGUUAAAAAAAGCACUUGCACCAAACACGUAAAAAACUACACAUACACGCAAUACAAGUUUAAAUGCCAAAUGAAACCUUUUAAAGAAAUAAACUAUGCCACUAGCAUGUAGAUCAUGCUGUUUAUUUGCACUUGUAUUUACAGUAACUGGUAGCAUCAAGUGGUAUUUUCUAAAAAGAAAGCACUGCCUCAGAGUGCAAAAUGCACUGAAGUACUGAUACUGAAAUCAGCUAUUUCAAACAAUUUAUUCUGCAUUUUAUAUUAAAAGAUUUCUUUGAAUAUACGUGUGCAUCUGUUCCUUUUAUCAGUUUUGCCACAGCCUCAAAUUGAUAGGGUACAUUCAUCGUGGAAACAUUCGUUAGUGAGGCCCUGAAAUUUCUUGCUGGUAGUUAAGUAUCAGUGUGAAGCACAUCUAUCUGAAUCGGCAUUCACAAGGAAUUUAUUUAAUUGCUACUUCAUGAACUUCAACCAAAACAUGCAACAGGUAACAGAUACAUAUGAUGAAUUGUGAACUUUAGUUAAAUCUACUUCAUGGCCCAUGUGAAGACAUCAGCCCCAACCCCAUUCCCUUCACUGUAACUUGCAGAUUGGAAAUUAUCAUGAACUGCCCUCGGCUAAUUGCACUCUCGGUAUUGUUCCACAGCUGUAUUUCUUCAAGUUUAUGUAGGAAUCUCAGUUUCUGAGAAGUCAGCUAGCAACUAUACCCCUACAAAACAUCUCAGGUGAAUUAUUAAUUUUGGGUGGACUGCAAGU